AUGCAGGCCGAAGAUGUCUGGGAGAAUCUCCACUUAUACCUCUGGUUCGAGGAUAGGAGGACAGUUGCACGCAAGAAAGAACAGACUGCAGCUAAUGCACGUGCGAAGGCUAAGCCCGUAGUGCUGACGGGGGAAGGGGCCGACAAGGCAGGGGCGGAGGAGGAGAGGGGUGUGGAAGGAGCGAGGGCGGGUGAAGGGGGGGGCAAAGGGGCGGGGCGUGACUAUUCAGCUGCGGCAAUAAAAUUCGCCACAGCAAGAGCCCUGGUAACGGUCGAGGCUGCCAGGCAAAAGGAGGGGGGGGGUGCGGAAGUGGAAUAUUCGGGCAAGGGACAGGCCGAGCUCGGGGGUAAACCGGAUGCUGACUUGGUCGAGGAGAUCGCAGCUGGCAUCAAGCUGGAGCAAGCUGGCGGGAAGGAGGAGGAGGAGGAGGAGGGGAAGGAGCAGGAGGGAACGGCGGGGGGCUCAGAAGCCGAAGAGUACCUAACGCGUCUCUAUGGAGAGAAGCCCGAUCACUGGCUGCACCCGGCUUCCUUCGUCUUCGCAGGGAACGAAAAGGAGGGAGUCGGACUCGGGAUCUGCAUGCCCGUCGCUGGACGAUGGGAACGCCGAGAGCGCCGAGAGCGCUCCUUCCUUGAGCACGAAGGCCUUAAAUUAAAGAACGGGGCCGGGGGCAAGCACAGCCGGGCGGAAAUGAAGGCGCUGGCACACGGGGUCAACGCAGAGAACAAGAAGCUUAAGAGCGCAGAAACCGAUGCUGCUCUGGAACGCCGUGCCUUCGAGGCCCUGUCCGCUCCCCCGGAAGAUUCCAAAAGUACGAAGGAAUUGGUUGAAAGUGUAAAAGCGCUGACGAGGGCUGUCGUGAGCAAGGAGCUGCUCGACCAAGACGCAGCAGAGCGUGCGCGUUGGAAGGAGAACGUUGGGGCGAUGGAGAAAAAGCUAGAACUGUAUGAGAAGAGGGGGAAGGGGAAUACUCCCGAGGCCCAGGAUCUUGAAAAAGCGCUCCUCGCCAUGUAUGACGCCCCCGUAGUCGCCCCCCUGCCUGUGGCAGCUCCAACGCUAGACAGCCCGACUUCUGCUACUCCAAGCCUGGCCGGAGGCGACGGAGCAGGGGUAGUAGGGGGCGAGGUGGCCGGGACGGAGGGUGGGGGAGACGUGAACGACCCGGUUGAGGUUUCAGGCGAGGGUGUGGCCGGUGGCGACGAGGACGACGCAGGCGUGGCGGAAGUUAGGAAUUAA